AUGGGAUCCCGGAAUCCAAACGACGAUGAGUCUGACCGCAAACGCAUCGAAGACAACCCAUUUAUCUCCUUCCGCCGCUUCGCGGAUGAACAGGUCUCCGGGCUCCUGAAUCUUUCUUUGAAAGUCAUGGGAGUGCCGGACUCGCAUACGACGAAGACUGAAGACACCGAGGAUCGUAUGCAAGCAAACAAGGACAAGGAGCAGAGGAAUGGAUAUACCUGGACGGUGGAUAGUGGAAAAGGUGGCGAGAGGCGCACACCCGCUGACACGUUAGAGGAAGAGAUCGAUAAGCUGGAUAGGGAGAUGACGGCAUGGUUGAAUGGGGAAGAACGGGAUGAGAGCCAUGAUCAAGAUGCCGUAAAGUCUUCGGGCCUUCGAGGUCACUGGCGUUCAAGGUUCGGAAGCUGUCGGAGCGAGGAAGAAAGGCUACAAGACGAUGAAGACACGGCCUGGCCACGGUGGAAUGAUCAUAACCGAAGGACGGAGGCGGGGAAUCAAGCAUCAAAAGCACACACAUGGCACUGGAGCUGGAGCUAUCCUCCUCGGGCAUCUGAAGAUACUCAAAGCGAUACUCAAGCCCCGAUAGCUUCAUCGAAUAGUGCUGCGCAACACCCUGUACUCGGUGCACUUGGAGAGGACAUUUGGGCGGUUAUAGAAGAUGGAUUACGCAGGAAUUCCCGCACGCCGGCCCCUUUCCCAGACCUCGGAUACGGGCUUGGAUUCACUGCGAAGAUGGUGCCGUUCCUAAUGUCAAAUGACUAUUCGCCUCUCCAAUUGGAGUCUUCUCUUAGAGACUCCGAUAUCGCAUGGCGAGAAGCCUUCGAAGACCUCUUACGCGCUGAGACCGGUCAACCGCUCCUUUCUGAAAAAGAGCUUGGAGAGACUGAACAGACCGCGAGAGGCAUCUGGACUAGCCGGCUACACGCUCGAACCUUAUCGAGCUGUCACAUGAGGGAGAACUAUAGACGUCAAUUCUUCUCUUGGCCAGCGACUGGCGAAGCUGUCUUUUCCCGAGAUCUAGAGCGUCGCAUCCCUCGGAGUCGAUGGCUAUCGGAAGUCGAAGAAGGCGAUGCCGAUGAGCACGAAUCGUACGAGUACGGCCACGAUCAUGAAGACCAACACGAUGACCCACCGACCCCACGUCCUGAUGCAUCGCCAUCCACCUUUGCUCGAUUUUCAGAGGUUGAUGACGAAGAUGGUCCCGAGACUGAGCUAGAUGCGUACGAGCGUAUUGUGGGCCCAACACAGUUUACGCCUUCGCAUCAAACUAACGAUAGUGCGAGCUCGCGCCCUUCCGUUUUGUCCACUUUGACAACAACGGAACGCACGACACAACCUGACGGGACUGUUACCACAAAGAUGGUGCUCAAGAAACGAUUCGCUGAUGGAAGGGAAGAGACUUCAGAGACGGUUCAUACUACGCAGGGUCACAAUAACCAUGCGGGAUUUGAAGUGCCCUCAGAGUCUGGCGCACAACCGAAAGUCAAGCAGCAGGAAACGCCGCCCAAGCAAGCAGCUGAGAAGAAGACCAGAGGCUGGUUCUGGUCUUGA